AUGGCACUCAGACAACUCUUGUUAUAUGGCCGCACUUCAAUGAGACAAAGAAAACUCGACAUUUCUCUUACAAACAAAACUAAUCUUCGAACCCUCACGGAUCUCAAGAGAACAAGCAUGUCUAAAGAAACAAACGAGCUCUUCUCUUACACCUCUGGCCGUUGGCUUUAUAACGAGGAAAAGCAAUUGAAAGCACGGUAUGUUGAAUUCGAUAUCGAAGCUCUCAAAAAAUGUGCUUCCACCAUACUUGGCAGCCCGUGCGUUCAGUUGAGAAAACUACCAGAAGGCCUUUAUAACAAGGUGUUCUCGGUGAAAAUGGAGAAUGGCAAGGAUGUCAUAGCAAGAAUACCUAACCCAAAUGCUGGGAAUCCGAAAAUGGUUGUUUCCAGUGAAGUUGCAACUCUCGAAUUCGUAAGAGAAACGUUUGACUCCGAUUUUGAUGAGGAUGAAAUAGGCGCCGAGUAUAUGUUAAUGGAGAGGGUGGGCGGCCGUCAAUUGAGUGAGGUUUGGGACAACAUGUCUGAAAGACAACGUUUCAAUUUAGUCAAGAAUGUCGUUGAGAUUGAGAGGAAACUUGUGAACACGCCGUUUACUGGCUACGGCAGCCUCUAUUAUAAAGAUGCAUACGAGGAAAGUUAUCCGGGAUACCUCAAAGCUAUUAAUGCUGAAAAAGUGCCUGGAAAGGAAAACGAAGUAUCCCGAUUCGUUAUUGGCCCAACAACGGAGAGGGCCUUCUAUGCCGACAAUGAUGAGAAACAAAACAUCAGUCACGGACCUUGGGAGACGGCUGUGGAGUACCUUGCUGCUAUAGCGAAGCGUGAGAUAUGUUCAGUUCAGAAUUUCAACCUCGCUAGUCCAGGUGAUACCUUGCCAUUUUGGGAACGAGUCAGUACGCCAUCUUCCUCUAAACUCCACGUCAAGCUCCUCGAACAGUUUAUUACCGUUCUACCUUACAUAAUACCUCCAUCUGAAAUCAUUCAACCUAUCCUAAUGCACCAGGAUCUUCAUUUUGACAAUAUAUUUGUUGAUGAAACGGACCCAUCAAAAGUUUCGGGUAUAAUCGACUGGCAAGCAACCUAUAGUUCCCCGAUCUUCAUGCAGUCUAGAUUUCCCUCAAUUUUCGACUGUGAGGAUCCAUACACUUGGGGUGCCGUCCAUCUUACGCUCCCAGAGCACUUUGAUACGUUAUCAAUAGAGGAGAAAAAGCUGGCCGAAGAUUCGCUUGACCGCCUAAGGUUAAAGAAAUUUUACGAGUUGGCAUCGAGAAAAAUGAACCCGCUGUUAGCCAAGGCGAUGGAUGCAAUGAGAAAUGAUGAGUGUCCCACCUCGUUUAUAUUUUAUAUUGUCCAACAGUCUGCGUUUGACGGACCAAUACCCCUGAGAGAGCUUCUCAUUCAAAUUUAUGAACAAUGGGAUCAGAUAACACGAAGAAAUGGCGUGACUCUGAAGUGCCCUAUUUCAUUCACAGAGGAAGAGAUAAAACAAGCACGUCAACAGGCCGAGGAAUGGGGGGAAUCAUUCAGCGAAUUCGAGAACUUCCGAGCCAGUCUCCUUGGCAAAGAUGGAUGGGUUCCGCAUGAACAGUAUGAGGAAGCUAAGCGUGCGUUUGAAAAUUCUAAGGGUGAGCUAGAGAGGUUAAGGAAUGGUUUGGAACACACUUUGUAA